AUGGCUCGCAUUCUCCUGGCUGCCACCAGCGCCCACCUGAACGAACGAGAGAAGAGAUUGAAACAACUGGCAGAAGGUAAGCCGAAACCUAACCCCCAGGGAAAACCAAAAUGGGGCCCAGAACCCCUCCCCGAGUCCAGGGUAACCUUAAAAGUGGAGGGGACCCCAAUUGAGUUUUUAGUGGACACUGGGGCCGAACAUUCUGUCCUGCUUGACCCACGGGGAAAACUUUCAAAGACUUCAUGGGUGCAGGGGGCCACUGGUAUGAAAAAAUAUUCAUGGACUACCCGAAGAAACCUAGAUCUGAGCAUGGGCAGAUCUUUCAUGUCAUACCACUCUUUCAUGGUCAUACCAGACUGCCCCUACCCACUGCUUGGCCGAGACUUGCUAACCAAAAUAGGAGCCCAGAUCCAUUUCUCACCUGAUGGGGUGAAUGUUACGGACCCGGCCGGUAGGCUGGUACAAGUUCUAACCAUGCAAAUAGAAGAUGAGUACAGAUUACACCAAGGCCCCUCCGAAGUAGCCCCUGAGGCUGAUAUGCAACAGUGGCUUAAUGAAUACCCACAAGCCUGGGCAGAAACCAGAGGUCCAGGCUUAGCCAAACAUCGGCCCCCAAUCUAUAUUGAAUUAAAACCAGGAGCAGAGGCCAUCAGAGUCAAGCAAUAUCAGAUGCCACAAGAGGCACAAAGGGGUAUUUGCCCUCACAUAUGCAGGCUGUUGGCUCAGGGCAUCUUACGCCCAUGCCAAUCCAACUGGAAUACCCCCCUUCUCCCAGUCAGAAAGCCAGGGUCCAAUGACUACAGGCCAGUGCAGGAUUUGAGACAAGUUAACCAACGGGUGAUGGACAUCCACCCCACAGUACCAAACCCCUUUACUCUUUUGAGCACUUUGAACCCCAAUCACCAGUGGUAUAUGGUACUGGACUUAAAAGAUGCUUUUUUAAGCCUCCCCCUGGCACCCAAAAGCCAGAAUAUUUUCGCCUUCGAAUGGUCAGAUCCAGAGGAAGGCAUUCAUGGGCAACUAACUUGGACAAGACUACCACAAGGAUUCAAGAACUCGCCCACGAUCUUUGACGAAGCAUUACAUGAGGACCUGGGUGAGUACCAUAUCCAACACCUACGGGUUACCUUGCUACAGUAUGUGAACGACCUUUUGUUGGCCACAGAAUCCCACCAAACCUGCGAGGCAACCAGAGAUUUGCUGUAUACUUUAGGUGAGCUGAGAUAUCGGGCCUCCACAAAGAAAGCACAAAUUGGCAAACAAGAGGUUCAUUACCUGGGAUACAUAUUAAAAGAAGGACAGUGGUGGCUGUCCAAAGCUAUAAAAGAGACUGUGUUAAAGAUCCCUAAGCCCCAGAGUCAAUGUGGAAUUAGAGAAUUUCUGGGGUCCGCUGGAUUCUGUAGAUUAUGGAUCCCAGGUUUUGCUGAAAUGGCAAAACCACUAUACCAGGCAACAAAAGAGACUAUACCAUUUGCCUGGACAGAGGAAAUGGAUAAAGCCUUCCAGGACAUUAAGGCAGCCCUCCUGUCAGCCCCUGCCCUAGGUCUACCUGACGUCACUAAGCCCUUCCUUUUCUAUGUAGAUGAGAACAGAGGGAUAGCCAAAGGGGUGUUACUCCAGAAACUGGGACCUUGGAAAAGACCAGUGGCAUAUCUUUCAAAAAAAACUGGACCCAGUGGCUAGUGGAUGGCCCCCUGCUUGCAUAUGGUGGCUGCUGUGGCCUUGUUAGUAAAAGACGCUGGCAAAUUAACCCUGGGACAAGAACUGCAAAUAACAACCCCACAUGCCAUAGAGGGUAUAUUGAGACAACCUCCAGAUUGAUGGAUCAGUAACGCUAGACUGACCCAUUACCAGGGACUACUACUAAACCCUACCAAGGUCAUUUUUCAGCCGCCAACUACUUUGAACCCAGCCUCACUCCUGCCGGAUCCAGACCUGGACGCUCCACUACAUGACUGUGCUGACAUCCUGGCUCAGGUAUGUGGGAUCUGAGCUGAUCUGAAAGAUGUCCCCCUUCCAGAUGCUGAACUGACUUGGUACGCGGAUGGGAGCAGCUUCAUACAAAAUGGACAAAGGUAUGCAGGUGCGGCUGUGACCACUGAGACAGAAGUCAUAUGGGCUGCCCCUUUGGCCCAUGGGACUUCGGCCCAAAAAGCCGAACUUAUAGCAUUGACUGAAGCACUCAAAAGAGGUAAAAAAAAACAACUGACCAUUUAUACUGACAGCAGAUACGCCUUUGCCACAGCGCACAUACACGGGGCCAUCUAUAUAGAGAGAGGACUCCUGAUGGCUGAAGGAAAGACUAUAAAAAAUAAAGAGACAAUUCUUGAGCUUCUACAAGCCCUUUGGCUGCCCAAGAAACUGGCCAUAGUCCACUGCCCAGGCCACCAAAGAGGUGACUCCUCUGUGGCAAGGGGCAAUCGACUGGCUGAUCUUUCAGCCAAGGAAGCUGCUCUAGCAUCUGUUACCCCGGUUUUGGCAGUUCGACUCCCUGAUCCAGGGACUAUGACUCUACCCGAUAACCCCGAAUACAGUGAAACAGAUAUAAAAUGGAUUAACUCCUUACCUAUGACACAAUUUAAAAAUGGUUGGUGGGAAGAUGCUAAGUCAGCGCCUAUCCUACCUGAACUACUGGGGACAGAACUGCUCAGGAAAAUUCAUAAUGCAACCCAUUUAGGGGCGAAAAAAAUGCAGGAUCCCGUCAGAACUGCAAAGAUUGUCAUCAAAGACUGCCAGGAGAAAAUAGAAAAAAUUGCCUCAGACUGUAAGGCUUGCCUGCUAACAAACCCAACAAAGACUUCAGGAGCAACUAAAGGAGCCAGAGAAAGGGGAACGCGCCCUGGAGCAUACUGGGAAGUAGACCUUACUGAGGUAAAACCGGGACAAUAUGGAUAUAGAUACCUGCUAGUCUUCAUUGAUACUUUUUCUGGAUGGGUAGAGGCCUACCCAACAAAAAAGGAGACAGCCCAGGUAGUAACAAAAAAACUCUUAGAAAAGAUCCUGCCAUGGUUCUGAUUCCCUGUACAGGUAGGUUCCGAUAACAGUCCCGUCUUUGUCUCCAAGUUAAGUCAGGGACUGGCGGCGGUUCUGGGUACAAAUUGGAAAUUACAUUGUGCCUAUCAACCCCAGAGUUCAGGGCAAGUAGAAAGAAUGAACAGAACUUUAAAAGAGACCUUGACCAAAUUAACCCUAGAGACUGGCGGGGACUGGGUGGCACUCCUCCCCUUUGCCUUGUUCCGGGUGCGGAACUCACCUUACAUGUUGGGGUUAACCCCCUUUGAAAUUAUGUUCAGGAGACCUCCCCCUAUUGUACCUAGUUUAAAGACUGACUUAAUAGCUGACUUACCUGUUGAUGCUCUAUUUUCCUCCCUCCGACUCCUCCAACAGUGCACAAGGACAUUUGAAAACAACUAGAAGCCCUAUACCUCACCAAGCCACCACCUGAACCGCAUCAUUUUUGGUCAGGAGAUUGGGUCUAUGUGCAGAGACACCACUCAGGCACCCUCGAACCAUGCUGGAAAGAACCCUACU